UAAACCCAACUUCCCACAAUGCUUUGCGUCCCCUACGGCUGCGGCUGCGUCAUUUAAGCUACGGAAAUCUGCCUCUGAACAACCAAACACGGAUGUUUUAACAUCAGUUAAUAAUGGAGUUGGAACAGCCAAAAGAAGACUGCGCUACAGCCCUGUCAACAUCUACACCUCCGUCUCAGUCAAAGAAGCCAAACCAGGCCCUGUAUGUCCCCAAGAAAGGACCUCAUGACUCCAAAGACAAAGCUCAAACUCAGGGAGAAGGCAAACCAAGACCCAGGCCCCGCUACACAGACAAGGCGAGGAAAAACGCCAGAAACAAGAAGGACAAAGCCGGAGCAGCGGCGGCAUCUGUAGGAGGAGAAGGUGAGGACUGCAAGCCUGCUGUUGGGGAGGAGCGGUUAGGAGAUACAGAUGUUCAGGUUAAUGGGCAACCUGAUUUAACCGGUGUGGAGGAAGAUGGUGCAUCACGACUGGAGGCAGCCUCCCUUGAGGAAGAAAAGGGAGAAGAGGAGAGUUGGGACACCUUGUUCAAUGAUGAUGGAGACUGUCUGGAUCCCCACCUGCUGGAAGAGCUGGCUUUGGAGGAGGGAAAUAAGAAGGAGUCACUCCAGGAGCCCAGGUUUGAUUAUUACAACAUGGACCGGUAUGGUGAUGACGAGGAAGACAUCGACCUCACAGAGGACGAACUUUCUCACAUUGUGGAGAUCUACGACUUCCCUACCGAGUUCAACGAGGACCUUCUCAAAUUAUUUCAGUCCUACCAACAAAGAGGCUUUGACCUCCAGUGGGUUGAUGACACCCAUGCCCUGGGCCUCUUCUCAAGCCCCAUAGCAGCUCGAGAGGCUUUGAGAUCCAAAAAUCCUCUGAUGAAGCUGCGUCCACUUUCCAAAUCCUCCGCUGCUACGAAGGCCAAAGCCCGAAGCAUCUCAGACUACCUCCUGCCAGCCAAAGAGAGACCUCAGACGAGUGCAGCAUUAGCUCGCAAGCUUGUGAUUGGUGCACUUGGUGUGAAGAGCAAUUUGUCGAAGGAGCAGCGUGAUGCAGAGAAGAAGAAACUCCAAGAUGCGAGAGAUCAAAAACGCCUUGCAGCUAGGCAGAAAGAAGAUGCUUGGGAGGGGAAGUGACCGGACAGAAAACUACCCCCCGGCUGUGAUUUUUUUUUUUUUUUUUUUUUAAAGUCCUUGAUUCAGCAAAGUGAUGACCUCUCUCUCUGUGUCCUCCCCUGAUCUGUUUUUCUCAACUGGCCACUCCUUUUCGAAACCUCCACACUUCCCAGAAAUAGAUUCCCACAAGUUUCCCUUCUUUCUGCAACAAUCCUUCAACAACUAUAGUUGAACUUCUCAUCUUUCACUGUCCACACCAGAUGUCAGGUUCAUGAGUUAAGAAUGUGCUACUAUAAUUGUAUGCUCAUAUUUGUCCAUGAAGGGACUGUUGCCUCAGGGCCAUCGCUAACACCACAUCACCUCUUAUUCUUCCUAAUAUCCUAACAAGUCUGUAGGGAAGCAGUGAGUAAUUCAUUGUAAAGGGUCAAACAUUCUUUAUUAUCGAACAGUUGUCAUCCUUAUUUGUCCUUAGAUUUUUAUUAUUCCUUUUUAAAGUAAUGGCGCAAACAAAUGUACCUGUUUAUGUGGUGGCGGAAAGGCUUUCUUUUGAAGUUAUAUUAAAUCAAGUAAGAUCCCACCAUACAUCCUUCUACUCUACAUGGAGACAACUAUACCUGAACAGAAGGGGAGGGGGUGCCAUUACAUUUGAACUCCAGCUUUUAAAUUUGGUAGUUUGUGGUCUUAAAGUGGAUGCUAAGUGACAGAAAUAAUUUCUUGAAUAAUGUUGAAAACAUGAAGUAAUAGCGAUCAAAGCACUGGUUCAACUCAGAGGUGUUUUAUCCUGGCAUUAAUUAUCUGUUGGACACAUUCUACAGCACUGUGUUCAUCACAGGUCAUUCGCAUGCAACAUUUCAAACAUUAAUAUAGCAGUACUCAAAUACAUCUUAGUAAAUAUAUAUCCUUAGGUAAUGACUGAGUGAAGUUAAACGCCCUCCUGGCUGCUUGUUCUGAGCUCUGUGUUCACACUGACUGGACGACACUUCCUUCAGCUUGUUAAUGUUUCACUCAGAGGCUCAGCCAUGUUUCAUACAUGUUUUUAUUUUUUGCAUGUUAUCGUUUUUUCUGUCUAACCGUUAACCCUGCCACCACGUGGGGGAAGAGAGAUAGCCCCGCCCACUCAGGGUUGCUGUUUUUUUUUUUAGAGGCGUGAUAGCAGAGCAUAGGCACACGCCCCUUUUCAGAAGUGCUAUCUCCCAACAGCGCCGUAGCCAAGCUCCCACGUCAUGAUGUCUUUGUACAUUCAGAAUGACUCCACAAAGGCUAAAUGUUGUCGUCCUGGUCUGUGAAUUCACACUGCGUUACGGCGUUGUGGAAGCAUGGCGUGUAGAGAAACAGCGGGAGCACAUACUGUAUGCACACGGUAUCUCGGACACACGCUCACAUACACAACGCUGUUUCUUCCCGGCCAGCUCUGGCGAUGCUGUCUCGCCACUGUUACUACCUCUAAUGGCUGUACAGAGGUGGGAUCACCGUCCCUCCGUUACGCCUCUUUGACAUUCAUAUUGAGAGAGAGAGAUGAUGAAUUAGAUUUUUUUGUGUCGAUCCCUGUGGACAAAGCUAGACAAGUCCCCUUACAUGCUAAGAAAUACUCUCAAGAAAAUCCUCCUGCUUUCUUUUAAUGGUCAAACACAGCACUCACUGUGAAUCUUGAAAUUAAAAAAAGCUGUGUCUGUAGCGUGCAGUUAUUUCACUUAGCUAACACUUGACGGGGAGAGCGGUAGAGCAUGUUUAAAACUGAUAUAUAGAAAGCCAUUUAUCUCAUGCUUGUAGGUUGUAUAGAGGCAUCAGUAUUGUCUCGUAACAUGCCAAAAACUCCUUACAGGAGCUUUAAGGUGAAAAAAUAACGGUGGUUAACUUCAGUGUUUUGUUUUUCUCUUUUCUUGUAAUGUUGAAGUCUUUUCCUUUAGAGUAUCAAUGUUUAUAUGAAUAAACUCAACGUUGAACUUUAAACUCUG